GUGCCUGCCUAGAACAAAAGUUGAAACUCGUUUCUUUUUCCGGUAAAAGAAAGGAGGACGUCAGGGUCAAACACUUCUUGAAAAUGUUUAGAACUGCAUUAAGAGUUUCUUCCUCUCUUAGUCAUGCUACCAGACAAUGCUUGAAAGUACAGACCGGUGCUGCUACAGCCCUUAGACAAAGUCAUGGUCGUCAUGAAACUGAGGAGGAAUUCGACAACAGAUAUGUAAAAUACUUUGAUCGCCCAGAUAUUGAUGGGUGGGAAAUAAGAAAAGCUAUGAAUGACCUGACGGGAGAAGAUCUUGUCCCUGAACCACGUAUUAUAAUAUCUGCUAUGAAAGCUUGCCGUCGUCUAAAUGAUUAUGCACUUGCUGUAAGGUACUUGGAAUCAAUUCAGUGGAAGUGUGGCAGCCAAAAGAAAGUUAUUUGGCCAUGGCUGUUGAAAGAAAUCAAGCCUACCCUUGAUGAGCUUGGAAUUCUUACACCAGAGGAGAUGGGAUAUGACAAACCUGAGCUUGCACUGAAAAGUGUAUAUGACAUGUAGUUAACAGGUUGAACAAGAAGUUCCUUAAUGACAGAUUUAUCAAGCAAGCUAGUGUUUCAUGGUCUCUGACAAAGAACGAACUUCAAAACAUUCAUUGUGUGCUUAUUUCCAAAAUUAAACUAUUUAAAUUUAGUGUUUCAACAUGUUCUAAAUUUGUAUUUGUCCAGUUAUACUUGGUUGUUAUUUACUUAUUAAAUUUCUAUUAAAUUUGC